UUCCUUUUGUGUUCAGUAUUGGAUGUAAAUGGAAUUCAUUUUGUAAUAUGUAUUUGAAAUUUAGUUCAUCCAGAUUAUUCAUGCUUCCCAGUAAUUUUGGUAGGUUUGUGAUUUGAUUUCUGUCUUCACCCGAGCGUUCUUUCUGCACAUCCAAUGUCUCUGCUCAGAUUAGGUCUUCCAGAUUUGUUCCACUUAAAUCUGGUAGCAUGUAAUUGUUUGACCAUGGGAUUUGACAUUCAAUAAAAACAAAAUGCUAAUAAUAUCCCGGGAGGUCAUCUCGUAUUUGUGGAGAAGAAUUAUCAAUAUUUUAAGUCUAUGACUUUUAUGCAGUGCCUGUGCCUUUUUAAAAGGUUGAUGCCUUUUCCCUUUGUGUGCAUGCUGUGAUCUGGGUAAUGAUUGUAAUUUUCUUACUACUUCACUUCUCAAACGGGACCCUUCAUGAACUUGUCAAUGAGAGAAGUCGCUUUCCCUUUAACCACCACAGACACCCUCACAGUAAUGUGGCUGAAUGUAUUCUAGGUGUACAGUUUACACCUAGGCCGGUGAUAACAAGCUGCCCAUCCGAGCAUUUCCAAAAUUGUUUUUUGUUAACUAUCUGUUUUUCAGAAUCAACUGAUUUUUUUUUUUCAUGGUUUGCUGAACAUUCAGUUUAAGAAUCUUGAAAGCACUGGGUUCGAUAAAUAAAUUUGACUCUGUUCCAGCUAGUCUUGAUGUUGCCUUGUACUGAGGAUUGAGGACAUGUUUUUUUUCCCAGUGAUAUUUGUUCAAUGCUUGAGGCUGUUGCUCACUGGAAGCUGGAUUAUUGACAGAUGUGACGCAGCUAAAUUGUGAUGGGAUAUUUUCUAUGGAAGACUCCAUGCAAAAUGUAUGGAAUUGACACAUUCCUUCAUUGAUUCUCAUUAAAUCAGCUUCUGAUAAUUAGGUCAUUAGAGCUGGGUAAUGUGGGUCACCUGGAAGUUGUGGUGCCCAGGAAUAUGAAUUUGUGAGUUUUGCUAAAGUGCAGAUUUGCAAGUGCUAAAGUAUGCAGUAACCAAUGAAUAUGGUAUCUGUAGAUUUUGAGUAAAGGACUUCAGCGAGACAAUUAUAAAAAUGAAGAAAAAUGGAAGGUAUUUAGUGCAGACCAAUUGCCCCCUUGGAUUAAGGGAUUAUCAUCAGAAGGGAUUUUAACACGCUGGGUCUAUGCUCCCCAGCACAAAAUUCUUACAUGGUAGCCAUUGAGGCCAAUCUUUCCUCUAGUUGGGGUAUAGAUGUAAGAGGUUAUUCGCUAAAAGUAAUAGUUUGGCCUUUUAUGUCUGAGUUGCAAGGAUGGCUCUUUAUCCAGAAAGUAGAGUCAUAGAAUAAUACAGCACAGUAUUUAAUAUUUGGAAUUGUCUUCCAAGUGCAUUAUAGUGGCUGAUGGGCCUUCUGCUUUCAUGUUCCCAUAAAAUUGUAUUGUGUGGAACACUGAGACGUGACUGCAGUUGAACAAGUAAACUCUCUGGCUGGGAAAGCACUUAAUAUUCCUGGCAUCUGCUAAGGAACAUAGACCUAUGACCCACAACUAAUUGUAGCAUUUUUACCACGUUAAUUCUACCCUUUUCUAUUUGCACUGGGUGAUUUUAGAAAUUGGGUUGGUGAGGAAUAAUUGUUAAAUUUCACAUAUUAGCUUUGAGGAUCUGUCACUUUCCGUACGUAUGGGAACUUAACUAAAACGAAAGCUAGGUCAAAUGUUUGGGUGGUGUCGGUGCAAAUCCCAAUGUGAUUUAUAUAUUUUUGGUUUCCAAGUCUGCAUUCAAGAUUUUUGUGCAUCCUCUUUAUAUCACUUCUUUGUAGGAAUAGUAUUUUCAAUUUUGCUGUUUAUAAUUAUGCUGCAAAACUACUUAACCCUAGAUAAUAUAUUUGCAAGUUGGGUCAGUUUUUACUGUUUUACCACUUGCUUUAUGUUGUGUGUGAACUCUUGCUGUUUUAAUACAAGACUAUGCCACGCUUGUAUUAAACUGGAUUAGUCAUAGUUCAGAAAGAUUUUUCUGACCCGAUCUGUGCGUAACACCCUCCAAGUGGUUUGUGUAAUCUAUUAAUCUGUAAAGCAAAUCAGCAAGCCCCUCUUGUAACUGCAAGGGGCUGCUUGACUAAUACUUUGUUUGAAGAUGGUAGGAGAUCUGUAGUUGGCUUUGUACUUGUGAUUAAAUGACCAGAGUAAACUUCUCAAUCUGGCAGGCUGUAUUUACCCUCUAUAUCGUACUGCUGCCUCUAAUAUAAGAGCGUGACUGAUUCUUGACCACAGAGAGAAAGCAGACAAAACUGUUCAAUUUGGAUUGGAAGGCAGAAUACUUCUGUGCAAUUGGAUUUGGGGGCUGUAGUUGAACAUUGCAAGCAAUAUUAAUAGAUAUUUGGAAUCUGCUGAAAGUUACUAGUUUCUAUAUUUGUAUCUUCCUAGACUGCUUUAUCUUUAUUUAAACUGGUUUGAAAAAUUGGUAGUAUAUUGACACUGAAGUUGUAUUCCAUAUCGCCUUUUCUAUUGCAUGCACUUUAGAAUGUGCUCACUGUGGAAGUUACAAACAGGAAACUGGUAGUUUUUCUAAAUUAAGCGUACAGUCACUCGACGGGUGAAAUAGGAAGGAGGCCUAGUUCCACAAGACGUCAUUUUGAAAGUUCACGUGGCAAAAAAAGUCGGACGUUCCGUGCGAGCUGCAGACGGCAGCAACUAUUAGACUGCUUAGCUUGUACUUCCUAAAUUAUUUUGUAAUCAUGCGCUGAGGAAAGAGAGAGCCGUGUAUCUAAUGGAAGAGUGGAAUAAGUUCGAUUUUUGAAUCUGUGGUGGAUCAUAGAAGUGGUAAAAGCUCUUCAGGAAAUGGUGAUCAUGGUUUAUCGUCUCAAAUCGGCUUUUUCUAAAGCAAAGUGAUGGGGAGUUCUGUGGCGCACCAGUACUUUCAGUCGCAGGCUGUGGGCUACAUUCAGUGAAGAAACCUUUUUCGGUAGGAAAACAACAGCAGCUUGCAAUGCCACUAGAUUAAUGGCCACUGCUCGUAUUUUUGUCGGCUUGUGUCUGUAUCAUUAUUGAAAUGAGGAAGAAUUUCUCACAGGAUGGUAAUUGAAUUUAAUCCUUGAGUUCAACCCAGUAAAAGAGGUGACUUUUAAAUAUUGCCAAACAAUGGUUUUUGUUUGAGAAGCUUGUGGGAAAAAAAUAGUGCUGCCUCAUCCCUUGGAAACUGCUGCCGAUCACCAUAGCAACUCUUGAUGCAGCUUUCCUUUGUUUUUGGAAUUCAUGAGGACAAGGAAUUGUAAAACGCAACUAAAGAAGCUUUCAACUGUUCAUCAGUUACAUCAGUGACUCGUCUUGUGCUGAGCAGAUUUUGUGCUUUUAAAAAGGUUGGACCUCAAUGGAGACUAUGAAGGGCCUUUGUCGAAUAUGUUCCAACAAUCUGCAAGGUAAUCAACGUCGCUGGAUUUUCAACACCUGUAGGAAAAGAAGAUUACAAAUUGUUCUCUCCUAUAUAUUGGGUUACACUAUUCGGCGUGAUGGCCAAGGAGAGUUCUUGUGUAGUAAAUGUGCCUUCAUAUUGGAGAAGGUAAUCAAAUAUGAUAUUGUUAUUGCUCGUGUUAAGACUGUUUCCAGCGAGAGGCUACAGAUGUUGACAGCCGAGAAAGACCAGCUAAUUCAAUGUAUUGUGCACUUGUACUUCAGGUAUAAUGAAAGUUCCAAAAGUUUCUGUGAUAAGGAAGUAAGUCUCUCCCCUGAAAUUGAAAAUCAACCCUCUUUACAGUACAGCUUGCUUCUCCAGGAUGAAUCUAUUUUAUCUGAAUUUUGGAAGCCACAACCGAGCAGCAAGGAAAUCUUGGGCUGCUCAAACUGCUGGCGGUCUUUCACCAGAGGACACAAGAAGAGACUGUGCCUCUGUUCUGACUCGGUGAAGGUAGCUGAUUUAUUCUGUGACUUGGUGUGUUCCACCCCCAGAUGGGCCACGCAGGGAGGCCUAACAGGAAAUGCAGGCUCACGAAGCCAGUCACAGAGUUUGUGCUUUGAUUUAGUACCAAGAAGUCCGACUCCUGUGGGGAAGCUGGCCAAUCGCCUUUGCACCAGCAACCUUGAAACUGCAAGCACACCAUUAUUAAAUUCCACCAGGAUUGAUUUUAAUAUUGAAAAACCUGAAACAUUUCAGCUGAAAUCCACACUUAACCACAAAGGUUUGACUGAAGACUCUCCCUCGUUGAGACAUUACAUUGCAAAUGCAAUUCAGGAAAUUAAGUAUGUUGAGUACAAACCAGUGGCAUUUUUCCCAAAAAGCAAGAUACCAAGGCGUAUGGCAUUUUGUGCAAGGAGACCUUUGCAGAGAUACAGCUUUGCAGUAGAUUUGCAAGGAAGUGAUAACUUUGACAGUGCAACGUCCGAGCAAGAAGUAUGGGCAGCGCAAGAACACGACUCUUCUUUCAAACCCGAGGUAGUUAAGUAUUGUUAGACGUGUGUAUUUGAACUAAAACUAACCUUGGUGUGUGUAUAAUAGA